AUGUCCGGAUCUCAGGAGGGGUGGCUGGAAUGGGAGGACGACGACGAUGAUGAUGAUGAUGAUGAUGAUGAUGAUGAUGAUGAUGAUGAUGAUGAUGAUGAUGAUGAUGAUGAUGAUGAUGAUGAUGAUGAUGAUGAUGAUGAUGAUGAUGAUGAUGAUGAUGAUGAUGAUGAUGAUGAUGAUGAUGAUGAUGGUGAUGAUGUCAUGAGAGCAUCGGGGAAGGACCAACACAGAAGAGGGGGAACCGUUGAAAGGGCUUUUGAAGGAGAAGACCCUUUCAACGAAUGA